AUUUUUCACAGAGAAGACCAUAAAAAUAAAACCACACCCAAUUACAAUUCCACCUUCGAAUAAAUCCACUGUAGAGUGUGUUUUUUGAUAAAACUCAUACAUUUACUUUAGUUAAAUCAAUUUGUUUGAGUGUGUUAUCAGUCAAAACUCUCAAAAACAGAAUCAGAGGGAAAAGCCCGUGCUAUUUAAAACUCCACACGGGAAAAUAAAAGCGAAAGAAAUCUUUAAAAUUUGCAAAUGCUCAUAAACAUUGCCAUUGUUGAAUUCGGCAGUUAAUUUGCAGUGGCUUAAGGGUUUUAGGGUUUUGAGAUUUGUUACAGUUGAAAGAAAUGAAGAUAGAAGAAGUACAGUCCACUUCGAAGAAGCUGCGGAUUGCAACGCAUACGCACAUAAAAGGCCUCGGUCUCAAGGAGGAUGGCAGGCCUUUGCCUCUGGCUGCGGGUUUUGUAGGGCAGGAGCAAGCGAGAGAAGCAGCUGGACUGGUGGUGGACAUGAUUCGUCAGAAGAAGAUGGCUGGUCGUGCCCUUCUUUUUGCCGGUGCCCCUGGUACUGGAAAAACUGCUCUUGCAUUGGGUAUCUCCCAGGAGCUUGGAAGCAAGGUUCCCUUCUGUCCUAUGGUGGGUUCUGAGGUUUAUUCAACUGAAGUUAAGAAAACAGAGGUUCUCAUGGAGAACUUCCGGAGGGCUAUUGGGCUUCGUAUUAAAGAAAAUAAGGAGGUUUAUGAAGGAGAGGUGACAGAGCUAUCACCAGAGGAAACAGAGAGCACAACAGGUGGUUAUGGAAAGAGUAUUAGUCAUGUCAUUAUUGGACUAAAAACUGUGAAAGGCACCAAACAAUUAAAGCUAGAUCCAACAAUAUAUGAUGCUUUGAUAAAGGAAAAGGUAACAGUGGGUGAUGUAAUAUACAUAGAGGCAAAUAGUGGUGCAGUUAAAAGGGUUGGAAGAAGUGAUGCAUUUGCAACAGAGUUUGAUCUUGAAGCAGAAGAGUAUGUUCCACUACCAAAAGGUGAAGUCCAUAAAAAGAAAGAAAUAGUGCAGGAUGUGACUCUGCAGGACUUGGAUGCUGCAAAUGCUCGACCUCAAGGAGGGCAAGAUGUACUGUCUUUAAUGGGCCAGAUGAUGAAGCCUAGGAGGACUGAAAUCACAGAUAAGCUACGCGAAGAGAUAAAUAAGGUAGUUAAUAAUUACAUAAAUGAAGGAGUUGCAGAGCUUGUCCCAGGUGUGCUUUUUAUAGAUGAGGUACAUAUGCUUGAUAUGGAAUGCUUUGCGUACCUCAAUCGUGCUUUGGAGAGUUCUAUAUCACCUAUUGUUAUUUUUGCAACAAAUAGAGGCAUAUGUCACAUUCGAGGGACAGAUAUUAGUAGUCCACAUGGUAUACCUGUUGAUUUGUUAGACCGUCUUGUUAUUAUUCGCACCCUUCCUUACAUUCCUUCAGAGAUUGUUCAGAUCCUGGCAAUUCGUGCUCAGGUUGAAGGAUUGUCUAUUGAUGAAGAAAGUCUUGCAUUCCUUGGAGAGAUAGGAGAACGAGCAUCACUGAGGCAUGCUGUCCAGUUGUUGUCACCUGCAAGCAUUGUGGCACGGACUAAUGGUCGAGAUCAGAUUUGCAAGGAAGAUCUGGAAGAGGUUCGUGCAUUGUUUUUAGAUGCAAAGGCCUCAGCAAAACUUCUUCAAGCACAGCCUGAUAGAUAUGUCUCUCAAUAGCCAGUCUGGAUACUCUAGUUGUGUACAAAUUUAUACCCUUCCAAAUUGACGGGAGUGCAACUAUUUAGCCUUGUGAUAAUUCUAGAAUUUUCUGAAAUUUCCUUUUAAUAUUUGCCCAAAACCAGACCACGGUUACCUUGUUUGAUUUUUUGAUUUUUCUCUAGAGGCAAAUGUUUUUCUUCUUCAUGCUUACUUGCAGUGACAGUUUGCUCAGUCAACUUCCCAUGAAAUUGACAGGCAACUUUGUAUUCCUUGUUUAGUUGCACAUAUUGUAUUCAGCGUAGGAUGUUGCUAAAUUUUGUCUUUUCAACUGUUCAUAGCAACUUGCAUUAAGUUAUGCAGCAGAAUCUGUUGCUGUGAUAGUUCAGUCUUCCCUGAAUUAUGAAACUUUCUGUGCAUAUCUUUGUGAGCAUGUGCAGAUAAAGUACACGGUUAAUUAUUUUGCUGGGGUUUGUUUAUUUGAAGGUCAUUGAAGUUGCCUCA